UGGAGGAGUAUCGGUUGUAACUUUUUAAUUGAACUUGUCAUUACCAGAAAUUAUGAAUUAACCGAGAACCGGAAACAUAAAUUCUGGCCAAACAACUAUUCCUGGCAUUCUGCAACCAGAAAUAUUCCAUCAGAUAUUGCAAUUUUUCAAGAUUGUGAACCCAAGGAAUAAAAACAAUAAAACUUUUAUGUUCUUUUUCUUAAAUUUUCUGGCAUAUUAAUUUUGAUUUUAUCAGACAUUAAUUGAAAUGUUGCGAAGAUAUGAUCUGAUGAAUCUAGUGUAUUGAUCAUACAACGCCUACAGUACAUAGAUAAUUUUACAAGCCUCAUCAUUGGUCUUCGCAACCAUAGCAAAUUAUGGCUAUUCAAAUGACGUGUGAUCUUACUAAACAAUAAAUACAAGCUAGGUUAAGUAUUCUGUCACUUUUGUUUGCUUUGAAGAAAACGGGGAACUAUGGAAACUUUAAAUAUUUUUCUUGUUAUUUUUUCAUUAUUAGGAACAAUUAUUCUAGCUUCGUCUUCCGAUGAGUCGAGUGAAAGAAAGAAAAGAGAUAUAGAUACCAUAGAUGACACAAACACUGACUUUUUAACUGCUGAAAAAAGACGACCGGGUUGGGGGAAAAGAAGUUUUGACGAUGAUAUUUUAAAUAAUUUGGAUAAAAGACGACCAGGCUGGGGGAAAAGAAGUGAUAUGUUGUACGAUUCCGAAGAAAUUGAAAAACGUCGACCUGGUUGGGGUAAAAGGGGCAGUUCAUUAUAUGAUGUAGAAAAACGAAAACCUGGUUGGGGCAAAAGAAACUCAGCUCUUCUUGACGAUCUUAGUUUAUACAACUCAAUAGUAAAACGUCGACCUGGAUGGGGGAAACGGUCUGACACUUUUAAAGUUGAUAUACGACGACCCGGAUGGGGCAAACGAUCACCAGGAUGGGGAAAGCGCUCAGGACCAAAUAUGUGCAUGGAUUUGCAAGAUGAAAUUCUACAGUUAUACAAAUUACUCAAUGAGGCUAAGAAAUUACAUACUGAAUGUGAAGCUCUCAAUAUAUGAUCUAAAAGACAUUCAUCAAAAGGAACAUCGUCGUACGCUAAAUCACAGUCAUGGAUAUUCAUUGGAUCAUUUACACCAUUGAAAUCAACAUUCCACCGUUUUAUUGCCAUGAUCAUUUCUUAGUUGCCACUGUUGACAAUAAUAACAUAAAAUUACCUGAUGGGUAACUUAAAAAUACCAAAAUUUGGUCAACUAUAUUGUUAGACAGUUUGGAUUGACUGCUACCUAUUUUAUGUAAUGGUGUACUUUCAAAAAGUACAACUCAAAAAUAAAAUGUUCUAUAUUAUAAAAA